AUGAGAUAUGUGGACGAAAAUGCAAAGAAAAUUGAGAGGGAGAAUGUGGAAAUUCGAAUUGAAUAUGCCUCUGGGCACGUGAAACGCCUGUAUGAUGAGAAUGAUGAGAAUGAGAUAAUCGAGCUUCGCGAAUUGCAAACCAGAUUGAUAUUUUCAGCCCUUACAAACACUAUCCCGGCAAGGUGUGAGGCCAUAAUCGAUCCCUCCGAAAACCUCCAAUCGCUGUGCAAGUCCUACUUUAGUAGCAUGUAUAUUGGAUGGAUGGUGUUCUUGACUUAUCUGGUGUCCACCCUGUUUUCAUGGAAAAUUUACAGAAACAGGAGCGAGAUUGUAAAAAAUGAAUAUUAUACGACUAACCAUCAACUAGAACCCUUACACUGA